CAAACAACGCACUUAAGAUACCAUUUCCGUAAAAUUAUUGGGAUUGUGUAGAUUAUUUUCAAUUUAAUUCAGUCAAUUUACUUGAUCUGAAGAAAAUGGCAUUGUUCGGUGUUACUAGUUUUGUCUUUUUUGUCUUUUUUACAGUCACAAAUGGAAGUCCUACAGGUCUGGACAGUUGUUCCCGAUGCCAAAAGAUGAUAACUUUAGUCAACAUGAUGGUGAAUGAACAAACCAGAAAUGAAAUACUAGACACCUUAUGUGAAUCACUUUCGGCUAAGGAGCGAGAGAUGUGCUCAGAGCUGAGUCAGCUGUCUCCUACCCAACUAUGUCAGCAGUUCGGUCAGUGCGCUCCAAGAAGCCUUUUGUACGAGAGUAGCUCGAAGCUCACCACUGACCUUGACCUCUCAGAUAUGGAACGUUUCCGUUUACCCUGUUUACUCUGCCAGAACAUUAUGAAGAUUGCGCAGGCUUUCCUGAAGUCGAAAGAUCAUCAGAAAUUUCUAAAGCACGUUCUGAAAUCGGUCUGUCACUUUAUACCGUUUCUUACCAAGAAAUGUGUGUAUUUUGUGGAUACUUACGGUAGUUUGGCGAUCCAUUUGAUUGCCCGGUAUCUCACCCCAGAGUCGUGCAAACUGUUCCACAUCUGCCCUGCAAACAACUCAAUAGCAUUUACGGAGGAUGAAUGCACAUGGUGCAGGCUUGGGGUUGGCGUAAUCUAUGACACAGUUCAAGAUCCUGCCCUAGAAACAAGGAUUCAGGAGCUCACGCAAGACGUGUGCGAAGAAUAUGUUGAAAGUGGUGAUGAGUGCGAAUCUAUGGCAAAGGAGUUGACCCCAUACCUAAUCCCAGUAGCAGAAGAACUUCGUCACUCAGACUUCUUCAAAAAUGCGUGUGAGAGGGCAAACAUCUGCUCUGAUGAUGAGAAUGACGUCACGAUCGAUUAUUAAUUACGGAUGCAAUACUUUAUGUGCGCUAGUGCGCUUUACAUUUUGUUCGGAAUUUAAAACAGGACAUGCACGAUAUUUUGUAUAUUAUUAUAUGGUAUAAAAUAGACCCUUCAGAAAAAUGUAUAGUUGACAUUAUGUGAUCGAUUGUUUUCUGUAUAACGUUUAUAUGUCUGCUGUUCACAAGAAAACUAUCGCCGUUAUCAACUACUAGUACCUUGCUAUCGAAGAACUAAAGGCUUACGGUUUAAUUGACUAUUUUCUGAUCAUCAAUUUAAAAAUGUUAGAGGUAGUAACAAACGUACAUAGUGAAUAUCUGUUUGGCCCAGUGUUAGAUGAAAAUACAUUUCAAAAAGUAAAUAUCAGAAGCACAAUUUCCACAAAUGGCAAUUCAUGACAUAUAUCUGCAUUAUUUCUCUCUUUUCUUGUGCUUAUAUAAGUCCGCUUCAGAGGCUAAUUUCGUCCGCAAGAUAAUAAUCUGUAACUGGCUGCAUGUUCGAUCCGCGUACACUCCAAUCCCAUAUGAAUUUGCAAUUAUAAUGAAAUCUGAGAGCGGUAUGUCUUACAUUUUUUACAAAUGUUUGAUUAAAAUAAGAAUUAUGUAGAAUUUUACACAGCUUAUAAACUACAUCACUACAGUAUAUGGGAUGUUUAUGAAGAUUAAGCACUGUUUUAAGGUUUGUUUUGCAUUCCUUAAAAAGUUCGGAUGAUCUGUGGUAAAGUCUAGCGAAAGCCUUCUGUAGUUUAUAAUAGCGAAGGUAACACGGUUGUAAUAACCUUUUUGCAAUGAAAAUAUUUCUAUAAUUACAGCCUUCUAACACGAGAAAGCUCUUGCAAACAAAUAAAAUUUUAUUUAUAGACACCGUAAGAUGUUGCUUGAGGUUACAACACACUAAAUAGCUGUUCUUCUUUAUUCUAUACAUUGUUGAAUUAACUUUUGUUUCUUUACAUGCCAAAUAAUUAGCAUAUCCUCUUGCAAAUGUGUAUAAAGUUAGAGCUACCAGUUUUCAUUUUGAGAUUUUGCGGUAAAUAAGUGUAAAGAACAAUACAUUUCCUUUCCGACACUAUUUGCUAGCAUAGACAUCAAUCAGAGAAACACAUUUCAAAGUUUUUACAUGAAGGAAUUCUGCAUUUAGGAAAAAUGUUAUACUAGUAAUUCUUUUGUUAAAUUCAUAAAAUAUUUACAUAUAGAACCAAAUACAUUUUUCUCUAAAAGUACCAGGUAAAUCAUUUAUUUAGCAAGGAUAAUCAAAGUUGAGUUUAUGAUCAUAUGCAGAAUCAGUAUGUGGCCAGAGAAAAUGUUGCGCAUUACUUUAAACAAGAGAUGCAGUUUCAUACUUGGA